AUGUUUGUGCAGGUUCGGGACUGUCAGACUGCUGGGCAAUCCGCUAAUAAACCGGAAACCCAACUAGUUCAUGAAAUACCAGAGGGUAAAAUGAUCAUCGCCAGGGUAUACCACUAUUUCAAAAAUGAGUACGACAUUUUGAAAGCUUUUACUGGAAAUCAUUGGGAAAUGAAUCCGUUAGCUAACUACCUCCAACGUACAGCGGAAGCCACUGGGAUCAGUGAACAGGCCGUUACAAUGAUUGUGGAAGACAAAAAGUAUUCUGCCGGGUCGGAACAUAUGCCUGUUCAAGAAAAAGGUGAUGAGAAGGAACCUGAAGUGGAUAGUAAUGAUGAAGGACUAGACUGUGCAACUGAUAGCGAGGAGCUCAAACCUGUCAGACGUAGAGCGACUAGCAGCAGUGUCAGAAGGAAACCCAGCGACGAGGAACAAUUGCCGUUCCCGUCCCCUAUUCAGUUAAGAGUGCACGGGGUGAUGGAAACGGAAUAUAAGACUGAAUCUGCUGAUGAUGAAUGCCCACCGACGCUAGGAGACGAUCCACUGGGGAUAGGGGACUCAUUUGAUCACGAAAACGUUCCCGCAACAAUCACCAAAAUCAAAGAGGAAUCCAGUGAUGAAAUAGAAAUGUUAGAUAUGGAGCAGAGUAUAAAUAUAAUGAUCUGUGACGCGUUACAAACCACCGUGGCGACGGUCCAUGUGAAGGCUGAACCAUCAUCUCCUGCAGACUGA